AUGACAAUAUCAACCAGUCAACGUCAAUAUGCACCUCCUGAGGCAAACCUCGAUGACCUUGAACUAGAGUCAGUCGGCUACAGGCGGGAUAUGCCACGCCAGUUCUCAAUCUGGUCACUGGGCGCGUUAUCCUUUACUCUUACUUGUAGCUGGCUGGGAACUGGCUCAUCUGUUGGGAUCAGUCUCGCCGAAGGCUCCUCCGCAGGUACAUUAUGGUCACUGCCAGUGGCUGGUAUCAUGACCACGAUUGUAUCACUGGGGAUGGCUGAGCUGGCCUCUGCAUAUCCGGUUGCGGGAGCUCAGUACUAUUGGUCAUUCAUGGUUGCAAGUGAGAGACAUAAAGCAUUUGCAUCUUACUUGAACGCAUGGAUGAGCAUUCUCGGGUGGUGGCUUGGCUCAGGUUCAGUCGCCAACUUCGUCUCGUCGAUGGUCCUAGAUAUUGUGAUCAUCUGGUACCCGGACUAUAGUUUCCAGCACUGGCACCAAUAUCUGAUAUACGUCGCAAUUAUCUGGUUGGCAGUUGCGCUCAACAUUUUAGCUUCAAGCUGGCUACCUUUGUUCAACAAAUUCAUCUUCAUUCUGUCUGUCCUAACUCUCACAUCAACGACCGUGACUCUGUUCCUGGUUAGCAGGAAUACGCAUCUCCCAGUCUCAUUGAUGUUCACAGACACAGCGACACACAGCGGCUGGGCGAGUGAAGGAUUUGCUUUCAUGCUCGCAGUUGGCAAUGCAGUAUUUGCGUUCCUCGGGAGCGACUGCGGCGCUCACCUCUGCGAGGAGAUCGCGAACCCAUCUCGGAAUGUACCGAUGGUGAUUGUCUUCCCACUUGUUGUUGGGCUUCUUACUGCUUUUCCAUUCGCCUGUGCAUUGAUGUACUCAAUCAGCGAUAUGAAGGCGGUAUUAAACACGACAACUGGCUUACCUUUGAUUGAAAUUUACUUCCAAGCCACGCAAUCUGCAGUUGCUGCGUCUAUUCUGUUGGCUGCCUUUGCAUUUUGUUUCUUCGGCUGUUUGGUUGCUAACGCUACAACCUCAUCCCGCACUUUAUGGGCAGUGUCGCGCGACGGAGCCAUCCCGUUUAGCAAAGUGUGGAUGCGAGUUAAUCGCAGAUUUCGAAUGCCUGCCAACGCCGCUCUCCUCUCCGGAACAUGUAUCUCCAUCUAUGGCGUCAUUUUUAUCGGCUCUACCACCGCGUUCUCGUCAAUGGUCAACGCAGCCAUCGUCUUCCUGCAAACGUCUUGCGUAAUUCCACAAGGAAUUCUAUUAUAUCGCGGACGAGAUCGAGUGCUGCCAGAACGAUACUUCCACCUAGGUCGAUACGGUGCCACUAUCAAUGUCGUUUCCGUUGCAUGGGUGGCCUUCCUCGACGUACUAUAUUGCUUCCCCACGUCAAGACCAGUUACCAUUCAAAAUAUGAGCUAUGUCUCGGUGGUCAGUAUAGGGCUCAUCAGUAUUGUUCUCUUAUUGUGGUUCUCAGGCAAACGCAACGUCUUUAAGGGGCCAAAUGUUGAUUAUAAUCUUCUGAACAUGAGACGCAUGGCGAACCUCCGUGGAGGAGAGGAGUUAGCUAUAGAAGCUGUGCCCGGGGAUACUAGCAGUCUGCAGUCACAGGAAAGCAACAAAAAAGGGGCGGAGCCUUAG